UCUUCUCUCAAUCAGAAGUUCCAAUUCAAGAACUUCUUCAGUUAUCAUCCACCGUCAAUUCCAAACGUUAACGGCCCUUGACCACAGUUCAACGCAAAAUCACAUUGGUAGCAUUAUUUCGUUGUUUAUUGACAAAAUUGGUUAAUCCAGGUGAUUCUUUAGGAAUUACUCGAAAGGAGGCUAAUCUAAUUUACGUUUCUUUUACAAAAGGUCGUGCAAUCAUGAAAAACACCAUUACUUGAAUUAUUUCCCAUCAUUUCUCAAACAAUUAAAUAUUCCGUACUUCAUCAACAUCAAAUUAAGAUUUCAACAAUUCCAAUAAACAAAUCAUUUUUAUACAACCAAUCAAAUCAAUCAUAUACCGCGUUCGGCGAUACCACCAUACUCCCACUUCUCCACCACCUUGACUUCCUCCAUUAACGGUGAUGAUUGUCCACUCCUUUUAGCUUUCUCUCUCCUAAACCACCACCGCCAUCAUUUUCAUGGGUUUCCAUCACCACCGCACCUCAUCCACUGACAAUGGCGUCCCUCAAAUCGUCAACAGCCCACGCUUCUCUAGCUCCAUGACCCGCCGUGCUCCCUCCUUUAAACGAACUACCAACGCCGCUGCAACCGCCGCAAACGACGCUACUUCCACUAACACUACCCCUACUGGCGGCGUGAACUCUCUCACCACCCAUCAUGAAAUCGACUUGAUUCUUAACUCCCCCAGAUCUGAUCCUGCUUCUACUCCACUUUCCCCAGAUGGGUUUGAUUCAUUUUGUGAAAAGAAACAAACCCAGAAUCAUUUUGGGUUACUUAAUCAUAGAAUUAAGAAGCCCUCUUCCUCUGUUCUUGGAUCUGCUACUGUUAAAGGGGUUGUUGAGCUUGGUUUAAGAGAGAGGAAGAAAUUAGGUCAAUGGAUGUUCUUUCUAUUUUGUGGGGUUUGUUUGUUUUUGGGUGUUUGUAGGAUUUUUGAAGGUGGGUUAUUUGGAUCUUCACUAAUUGAAUCAACUCAGUCUAAUCUUCAGGUUCAUUCUGGUUCCCACAACCAAUAUAAGACAGAUCAAAACUUUCCUGAUUAUGGCUAUAGAGAGAGCUUAAAUUUUAGGGCCGAAGGCGGUGAUAUUGAACGGACUUUAAUGAUGGUGUCCUCUGGUGUAGUGGGUAAUGACAAAAGUGUGAGUAAAUGUUCGGACAUAUGGUCCAGACCAAACAGCGGAAACUUCAGCCAGUGCAUUGAUUUCCCAAAGAAGCAUAAAAAGCUGGAUGAUAAGACAAAUGGUUACAUUCUCAUAAACGCUAAUGGUGGCUUAAAUCAGAUGAGAUUUGGGAUCUGUGAUAUGGUUGCUGUUGCUAAGAUCCUGAAGGCUACUCUUGUUCUUCCUUCUCUAGAUCACACUUCUUACUGGGCUGAUGAAAGUGGGUUUAAAGACUUGUUUGAUUGGCAGCACUUCAUGGAGACACUGAAGGAUGAAAUUCAUAUAGUUGAAGCAUUGCCGCAAGAAUUUGCAGAUAUUGAACCUUUUUCAAAGACACCCAUAUCAUGGUCUAAGGUCAGCUAUUAUAAAGUAGAAGUCCUUCCACUUCUGAAGCAGCACAAAGUGAUAUACUUCACGCAUACUGAUUCUCGGAUUGCUAACAAUGGUCUCCCCAAUGGCAUACAAAAACUGAGGUGUCGAGUCAAUUACAGGGCAUUAAAGUACUCAACCCCCAUUGAAGAACUUGGGAAGACCUUGGUUGCAAGAAUGAGAGAAAAUGGAGGCCCUUAUCUUGCUCUCCAUCUGAGGUAUGAGAAGGAUAUGCUUGCUUUUACUGGUUGUGGUCACAAUUUGACCGCCGAAGAAGAUGAGGAGCUCCGAAAGAUGCGGUAUGAGGUCAGUCAUUGGAAGGAGAAGGAAAUCGAUGGAGCAGAGCGGAGGAGACUUGGUGGCUGUCCAUUAACCCCAAGGGAGACUUCCUUACUUCUAAAAGGACUGGGUUUCCCAUCAAACACAAGGAUCUAUUUAGUUGCUGGGGAAGCAUAUGGAAAUGGAAGUAUGCAGUACCUAACAGAUGAGUUUCCAAAUAUCUUCUCACAUUCAACUCUCGCUACAGAAGAGGAGUUGGAACCUUUCAAGAACCAUCAGAAUAUGUUGGCUGGUCUAGACUAUGUUGUUGCACUUGAGAGUGAUGUAUUUGUCUACACCUAUGAUGGAAAUAUGGCAAAGGCGGUUCAAGGUCAUAGGCGAUUUGAUGGGUUUAAGAAAACCAUUAACCCAGACAGGAUGAAUUUGGUGAAAGUUAUUGAUGAAUUUGAUGAAGAAAAGGUCACUUGGAAGAAGUUCAGUUCUAAAGUGCAGAAACAGCAUAAAGACCGAUUAGGAGGUCCAUAUUACAGGGAACCGGGAGAGUUCCCGAAGUUGGAGGAAAGUUUCUAUGCAAAUCCACUUCCGGGAUGUAUAUGUGAAUCAAUGAAGAAAUAGUCAUCCAAUCCACAUUCUGAGAUGAAGAAUCCGAACAUUAUUGCUAGUUUUGCUGAAAAUCACUCUCGGAAAGUUGUUACCCGAGAUGCUCAGAAGACGAAGAAGAAGACCGAACUUUGUGAAUAUGGAACUCACUUAAACAUGUAGCUGGGUACAGGAGCUUGAGCUGAUGGAUGGGGGAAUAUCAUGGGGGCUGUUUGGAUCAAAUUAAUCAUUCUUAAGGGCAACUAAUAUUGCUGUUGUAAUAGAAAGUAAAUAUGCUUUCUCUGUAAGCAAGAAAUUUUGUUUUUUUUUUCCCUGGUGAAAGUUUUGUUUUUUUGUCUAAUACGCAAUAUAGAGUAGCUAAUUUCAUAUGAACAAAUAAAGUGGGAAGAAACUACAUAUUUACCUGUAUAAUUUACUCCAGCCCUGUGUCCCCUUAGACUUGCAAUGAAAUGCGCCGCUUGAUUUUAAGUUCUCCAGACAGAU